CGCAUCCUGACACGUUUUGUGUGCGAGCCUAUACAAGAACUUUAUCGGAAUAGCAUUUCCGUAAGAGGAACAAAAGCAGCUACAAUACGCUCCUUACUACUUGCUGCAACGACUGCUGUAACAACAGCAGCACGCACAACAACAACAAAAAACAAACAUUCAGAAAAUGUCCAUAUCAAAAAAGUGCACAUAUCUCGCUUUUAUGUCACGGCCGCGCAGAACUCCGGCCUGCGAAUGCACCAACAGCCAUAGUUGCAGCCACAGCCACAAACAGAACUGUAAAGGUAGUUACCACCCACCUCAUCAGCACCACAACCAUCAUUACCAACCAAGAGCAUACAUUCCAUCCAGUUGCUGCACAACGACAACGACUCGUCUCGGCUUUGUUGCAAUCCUACUGAUGUCGUUGUUGCUGCUUAGCACCCAACUGCACUCCACAGAAGCCAAACCCAAGUCGCGUAAAAGUUCCAGCAGUCAUCACAAUAACGAUGAGAAAUCACCAUCGGAGGGUCAACGCUUUGCAAUGGAGCCGCAAGACCAAACCGCUGUUGUGGGCUCACGUGUUACGUUGCCGUGCCGCGUGAUGGGCAAGGUGGGCGCACUGCAAUGGACCAAAGAUGAUUUCGGGCUGGGGCAGCAUCGUAAUUUGAGCGGCUUCGAGCGUUACUCGAUGGUGGGCAGUGAUGAGGAGGGCGACUUUUCGUUGGAUAUUUAUCCGGUGAUGCUAGACGAUGACGCCAAAUAUCAGUGCCAAGUGGGACCUGGGCCGGAGGGUGAGGCGGGCAUACGUUCACGUUUUGCCAAGUUGACGAUACUGGUGCCGCCGGAAGCGCCGAAAAUUACACAGGGUGAGGUGAUAUUUACAACGGAAGACCGUGAGAUAGAGCUGGAGUGCGUGUCGGCGGGAGGCAAGCCAGCGGCCGAGAUUACUUGGAUUGACGGUCUGGGCAAUGUGCUCAGCAAAGGCAUCGAAUAUGUGAAAGAGCCGUUAUCAGACUCGAGACGCAUAACAGCCAAGUCGAUACUGAAGCUGGCACCGAAGAAAGAGCAUCAUAAUACGACUUUUACAUGCCAAGCGCAGAAUACAGCGGAUCGCACAUAUCGCUCUGCCAAAAUACUAAUCGAGGUCAAAUAUGCACCCAAGGUAGUGGUAGCCGUCAUUGGCGGCGCCUUGGCUGGUGGUCGUAUUCUCGAGGGCUCUGAAGUUAUACUAUCCUGCCAGGCGGAUGCGAAUCCACCGCCGCAGAGUUAUCGUUGGUUCAUAAACGAUGAAUUGGUGACUGGUGAUUAUACAACGAAAAUGAUCAUACACAAUGCCACGCGCCAGCAUCAUGAAGCUUCGGUUAAGUGCGAAGUUGUCAAUGCGGUGGGCAAAAGCGAAGAGACUGAAACCUUGGACAUCAGCUAUGGUCCUAUCUUCCGACACCGUCCCAUCUCUGUUGAGGCAGAUCUCGACACCAAUGCCAAUUUGCGUUGCGACGUGGAUGGUAAUCCGACGCCAGAAAUCGAGUGGAUCAACGAGAAUACCGAUCAGGUCGUUGGCACUUCGGCGAAUCUUACACUUAAAGUGACUGCUGAGUCUGCUGGCCGUUACUACUGCAAGGCAAUAGUUUCCGGAUUUCCAGAAAUAGGCGCCGAGGCAACGAUUUUCGUUAAGCGUGCACCGAUUAUCACCUCGCAUAAGGUGCAAUUCGGUGCUGUGGGGAGUCGAGCGAAAAUCGAUUGUGUGGCUUUCAGUGUGCCCAAAGCAGAGCAGAUUAUUUGGUCAUUCGAUGGCAAGGUGAUAAAUAUGAGCACUGCCGAUCCAGAUAUAUACAUUUUCGAGGAACAACAUCUGCCAGAGGGUGUGCGCGCAGCGCUAAUAAUCAAAGAGAGUCGCUCCAGUCAUUAUGGUCGCUACAAUUGUACGGUGAUGAACUCGUAUGGUAGUGACUCAUUGUUGAUCAAUUUAAGACCAGAACCUGGUUCAGUGCCCGUGCUGCUUGUCGUUAUGGGCUCACUCUCCUCGGUCGCCAUUGUAAUAAUGAUUGUGAUGCUGGUGAUUGUUUACAUGAAACGCAGUAAUAAGAAACCCAUGCCGGCGGAUGUCAUACCGGAGGCAUCGCGUGGUGGUGAUAAACUUUCCGAUCUGAAGAACGAAUUACGCAGCAAAGCUUAUGAUGUUGAUUACUCAGAGGCGGGCUCUGAUGGUUUGGCGAUCAAUCUGACGCAAACAUCCAUGCCUGAUGUACAAAUGAAGGGCGCCACGCUGGGUGUGCCACUGGCGGGGCCAGUGAAGUUGGACGACAGGUUCUCCGGCGAAUUCAGUUACAGCCGCCAAUGCCACAUCAAAAAUUUGAAGAACAAAGAGACUGUCAACGGUUAUGCGCCCUAUUUUGAGUACGCGCUCGACUAUAGUGCUCCCACGGAGAGUG